UUUGGAUGCUGACGGGUACUGGAAACAAUGUGAGGUACGUGAAUCUAACAAAGAUACACGCCCAGUUAGGAGAAUCCAUUUGCCGAAGCUUGCCUGGUUUCCACGCAAUAACAGGGUGCGAUUACAAUCCGGCAUUAUUUAGAAAGGGAAAACUAAGACCUUACAAACUAUUAAAAAAAAACGAUGAAUUCCAAAAAGCUUUUAUAAAGUUCGGCGAAAAUAAGUUAAUAGAGGACAGCAGUGAACAGAAGAACAUUUUCAAUAGUAUUCAGAAAUAUAUUUUCAGUGUAUAUAAUGUUCGGAAUGCAAUUGAUGUCGAUUCUGCUCGAGUUCAGAUGUUUAUAGACUCAUACAAAGUUUCCGACAUUAAUGAGGCUUUCAAUCGAAAAAAAUUGAGAAACUUUGAUGCUAGCAGUUUACCACCUUGUGAAAAUGAGCUACUACAGCAUUUUUUACGAGCUAAUUAUAUUUGUACGAUUUGGAACAAUGCUCACUUAAGAAAACCUACUUCACAUAAACCUGGAAAUAAUGGCUGGGUACUGGAAAAUGAUCAAUACCAUUUUAAAUGGUUUGAAGGAGAUCAGCUACCUACUUAUGUCAGUGAUUCUGUACAAACUUUGUCAGAAGCUGAUGAAGACGAUGACAUUCAUGAGGACAAAUCCGCAGAAUGGAGUAGCGGUGAUGAAGAUAAUCGAGAUACCGACGAGGACGAUGAAGUUGAUUAAAUAUUUUUUUUGAUUUAAUAAUAAUGUUUGACACAUUAUAUUUUUACUUUGUAUUGUAAUGGCUAUAAUUAUAAAUAUAAUUGAAAUCUUUUUCGA